UGUAUAUGAAAAGAAUUCAAUUGUAACUUAAAUAACAAAUUUUGAACUGCAUUUCAGUUUUUUGCUUUCUUGGCAGUUGGCAGCCUUGUAUCUGUUCGCGACUCGAUUCGCGACAUGUCUUGUCUUCGACUUCGAGUCUUCGAUCUUCGUCUAAUCGUGCACGUCUAUCAAACAGCGAAACCAUCCAAAUUGUCUACAUAAAAGCAACUUAUUACUUCUAAAUCUGCGUUCUGCAGUUUUGGUUCGAUUGGAUCUGGUUUCCAACCAGAAAGUCUGGAAAACUUGUCAUUGGCACAAGUCGUUAUAUUGGGUAUUUUAGGAAGAUGAACAGACGAAAGAAGCCUAUUGUUAACGCAUUUUCUUGCUUCAUGCGCGACUUCCAAUCGGAGCAACGCGCGGCAGGCAGAAAUUAUACCUUGGAACAAUGCUCGAAACUAUGUGAUCAGCUGUGGAAAGCACUGCCUGAAACAGAAAAGGCUUACUAUCAAUCUCGAGCAAAUGCUGAGAAAAAUAGAUUGAAAGCUGAAAAGUAUAAUUCGUUAGGCGAACCACUGGAAAGGGUGUUACAGAGGCAGUUAGGCGAAGAUUUAAAAAUAAGAGAGAUGAAUGGGGAAAUCGAGUAUGCCGUCCAUGGUAUGGAAGACCCGGAAAUUCUCCUGACCAAAGUUUUCCACUUGAUCCACAUAAACUAUUUCUGCAAAGACGAUAGGGGGCAGUUCUACCCUGCAGAAAUGGCUAUGGCUGAAUUUACUAUAAGAGACGGUCUAAUUCGAGUAGUUCACAGUUUGAUCAACUCCGGCAAGUUGCCGGUUGGCUAUUUCGCGACGGCACGUGAACAUUGUGCAGACACUCACAGGACUCCGCUCGACUUGAAGCACAACAACAAACCCCUCGAAAGUCAGAAUCCAACUGAUUUCUUGAAGUCAAUCAUGAAAAUACUUCAGCCAGAGAAUGGUACUAGUAUGGGAGAAAUGCCACCGUUGUAUACAAUGCCAGACGAAGUGAACGUCCUGUUGAACGAAUCUUGUGUGCUGAAUGCUCUGGACAUUUUCUGCUUAUCUCAGAAUUUAUCCGAAAACACGUUCAAAGUUUAUAGUCUUCCGAAGCUUUUUUACGAACUGCGAAAUAAAGCGCAGAAGGACACUUGUCCGUCUGUAUCGACUGCAUUGUCCAUACUCGAAACUGAUACAUACAAGUAUACCAACGGGAUCGCGUGUGACUUCCACGAGGAGGAAGAUGUCGCGCAGUACUGUUCCAAGUCGAUAGUUCAACGUUGGGUCUACACCAUUUGCGAUCACAUUUGCAAAGAUUUCAAAGUCGCAAUAACUCCCGGCUUCCAUGUUCCCAAGCAAGCGGACCUCGAUGGAGCUUCGAGGAAUAGACGCAAACACGUUGAGGAAAAGCCAAAGGCAAGUGCGCCAUUGAAAGAGAAUCGUAAUACAAAUUACAUACCAAGAAAAGAGGAGCCAUUAAGAGAGCCGCACUACUCCAGAUCUGGUAGCUACUGGGACUCGGACGCAUCCAGUGUACAUUCUAGUGUAGUGACUACUGCCGACGAUGGGAACAUGUAUGGGGGGGCGGGGGCGGCAGCGGCAGCCGUGGAAGAGCCCCCCAGGCGCACAUGGAGCAAUAUGGCGACGGCCAGCAGCGCCAGCGGCAGUACGGCCAGCGGCUGGGCCAAGGUAGCCUCGGCUGAUGCAGUCGUUCCUAAAUUCGACAAUCUGGACGACUUCCCGUCCAUCGGAGGAUCGCGAUCGAACAAUAAUCAAAACCGUCGAGGACGCGGAAGAGGACAAACCAACUUGAUUGGUGACUUUAGAAGUCUUCGAAUGGAUUGAACUCCAAAAUCCAAUUACAUUUCAAAGAUCCAAAUUUUAUUAUUACAUUAUCAAAAUGUAAUGUUCAAUUUUAAUUUUUCAUUUUUAGUUAUAAUUGACAAUUACUUCGAAAAAAGCAAAUAUGUUGUCAAAGCGUUUAUAUGCAAUAGAAAUAUAUGCCCAUUAAACUGCGUCCGUAGAGGUGAAGUAAUAAUCUUAUAGUUCUAAUUCAUUCUUUUUCAUGUAAUUUGAUAUUCAGUUAUUGAUCAGUUGUGAAUCCUCAUGUCUCUAGUGAAUCCUUCAUUAUCCGGCGUUUCAUUCAAUGUAUUUAACUCUUUGAUUUUUCAUGUAAGACAAAGUGGAUAAUUUAAUAUUCGGUUAUCAAUAAGUUGUCUUGUAAAAUAAGGCCUACUUCUAUCCUUGUCAAAUAUGUAUUUUAUCUAGAAGUUAUAAUAAUUUUGAAUAGAUUGAACUCCAAAAUCCAACUUCAUUUCGAAGAUCCAAAUUUUAUUUUUUACACUAUCCGAAUGUAUUAAUUGAAUUUGGUUUCAAAUUUCAUUUUUAGUUAUAAUUGACAAUUACUUCGAAAAAAGCAAAUAUGUUGUCAAAGCGUUUAUAUGCAAUAGAAAUAUAUGCCCAUUAAAUUGCGUCCGUAGAGGUGAAGUAAUAAUCUUAUAGUUCUAAUUCAUUCUUUUUCAUGUAAUUUGAUAUUCAGUUAUUGAUCAGUUGUGAAUCCUCAUGUCUCUAGUGAAUCCUUCAUUAUCCGGCGUUUCAUUCAAUGUAUUUAACUCUUUGAUUUUUCAUGUAAGACAAAGUGGAUAAUUUAAUAUUCGGUUAUCAAUAAGUUGUCUUGUAAAAUAAGGCCCACUUCUAUCCAUGUUAAAUAUGUAUUUUUUUAUCUAGAAUAAUAAUAAUAUUAUCAUUAUUAUUAUUUAUCUAGAAGUUAUAAUAAUUUUGAAUGUACGUAUUGUAAAAAUACCAUUGAUUUGUAUCAAGCGUUCAUGUGCAAUUUGUUAUCGAUUUCAGUGCUCCUUAUUCCUACACGCUGUUAAGAAAGAAUGUUAAAAAUUGUGAUUUAUGUAAGUGUAAAUUUUCUACUUAACAAAGGAUAUGUUUUUUUAAUGACGAAGUUAAUUUGUUUGCUUUAGCACCUUGUUCUACUGUAUUUUGUGUAAUAUAUAGUAUUCAAGAGAG